UUGUUGACAAAACAGCUUUAGUUUUUUUCAAUUCAACAGUUAAUUCAAUCCUUCUUAACAGAAGGCCACACUCACCGAUUAAUUCAAGAUAUUGCGAUUUAGUGUAACUAUAACCCCAAAAAAGAAGUUAAGUAGCUUAAGAUAGUUUAAAACGCCUGUAAAGAGAAUGAGGUUACAACGUCAAGUUUAGAAUGUGUUAUGAACUAUUAAUAUGGUUCUAUAAAUUAUGAUCUUAAACAAAUUACGUGAUACAUAUGUGUUGUUAUAUCUCGACAUCAUUUGAACCGUUUUUGGCUUCUUAUAAAAUAGAAAGUGAUCUUCUUAUAUAAUAAACGGAUAUUUUUUGACAUUGUGAUACAGUUUCUUUACUAGCUGGUACUCAUAAACAUUCCGAUUGCGUUUGGUGGACCUGACCUGGUGACGCCAUGGGAAGUCCUAUGCCGGGCACAAGUCGUGGUCCAGCCAGUGUGCUGAAGGAACUGUUUGAAGAAUUAGCCGACGAAAAUGGUCGGAUCACUUCGGCGAAACUUCGUUCUCACGUCGUCAGUUUGGGUCUGGAGUUCACCGAUGAAGAGAUCCGCGAGAUGCUUGAGAUAGCGGACACUUCCGGUAAAGGCGCCAUUGAUUACAAGGGAUUUGUUGAACUUGUCCGGGAAAACGCAGACCACUUAACCGCACUCGAGUCGUCAGGAAUAGACUUAAAGAGGGAGAUCACCAUGUUACUGAAAGAGCUCACCGUUGUUAAAAAACAGACAGAGAUAAACAAUCAGAAUGACACAAUGGUAUCGGCACAGAAAAAGAACGACGAUCGCCUACGAACUCAACCAAAUUACACAUCAAACGGAGAGAAAGACGCAGAUGUUGUCACAGGAUCUGCUGUCAAAGAACAGUGUAUCGUGGAACCAAGCGAACCUGGGGAAAAUAAAAACAAAGAAACAACAGACAAUUAUUCUGGAAACGAGGACCAAACGUUGAGAAAGAAGCAAAUCUUACAGAAAACCAAUAUCAAGCAUUUAGUUAAUAAUGAGAAUUCAACAUAAAUUUCACAAGCAUCGGCUAUAGAAGAUACGUUUGCUGUUGCUACUAUUUCGGAUUCAACGGUCGAUGCAGAAAAGAAUGACAAUAAGAACGGCGAAAAUGAUACGCGACAAGCUAGCCCAACAGAUGACAAAACAGAUUAUAUUCCAGAUUCCAGUGAAAAUAAGAUGGAGGACAGAGAGCACAGAGGAAAUCAGAUCAAUGCACAUACGAAUAUAGAUAAUGAAAACAUAAAGGAAGAAAGUUCCAUUCCGAAUGAGGAUUAUACAUCUUCCACCACUGAUGUAAAUGAAGACCAAACUGAAUCCGUCCCUGAGACUAUAAAAUCUACAGUUGUUAAACAUGAUAAAAAGCAAGGGAAGAGUUUGGUUGUUCCGAAGAUAACAUCAGUUUCAAAGACAAAUACGAAAAACAUACCAUUACGCACGAAAAAGCCCAUUGAGCAGAAAAGCCGAGUUAGUGGCAUUGUUUAUACGCAAGCACAAAAACCCAAAGCAGUUGCGGCUAAACCAGUUGUAAGGAAACCACGACGCAAGUCUGAACAUUGGCAGCUAUCUGAGGUAGGCCCGGAGAUGCAAAGCUCCAUUGGAUGUGAAUACAAACUAUCACAAAUAAGACUUCGACAGCGGAUUGUAUACCUUAUGUGGCGAGCCGUGUUUGACGAAGCAAAGCGGAAUACAAAACGUAAGGUGAAAUUAUAAGUUUGAACGAAUGUACACAAGUAGUUGUCGACGCGAAAGUGUUUUAUCCGCGCAAGGCAAUAUUGAUGUAAUGGAACACUGUGGUCCACAAAUAUAAACAUAAAAUACACACUUUCGUAAGUAUGACAUCGUGACACAUUCCUAAUCAUUGUAAGCCUUCUGUUCGGUUUACAUUGACCGUCGUAAUUUCAACGCAACAAAAGAGGUCGUAAUUCCUAACAUAGACUUGAAUAUCAUCAUCUGUAUUGUCUGCAUGGUGCAAGCCCAUUGCUAUCUUCCUCUAUAUUCUGGUAUUUUACAAAAGUCUUUAUAUCUCACCCAAAUAUAUGCAUUUUUGUUGGUUGUUUGCUGUAAUUUUCAAUUUUAUAAUGCC